GUGCUGGCCCGCAGCAGCCCGUGCAACCGCAGUCGCCCUUUGGACCCUGCCACUACGAGAUGAAGCAGUUCCUGGAGUGUGCUACCAACCAGAAAGACCUGACCUUGUGCGAGGGCUUCAACGAGGCUCUGAAACAGUGCAAGUAUAGCAACGGUGAGUCCGUGCCUGUCCCCACAGGAGGGUUGGGAG